CCUGGAUAUAAACAGAGCAUCAGACGUUGCCCAAGCUUGGUAGAGCCUGGUUUGCUGCCGAGGCCAGUGACUGCGCACUAGCUGGACCACAACGAACAAUCUCCGAGCAUUUGCAUCUGCGGAGCUUGACCCGCGCGAGCGAGCGAUCGCCUGGCCCACGGGACGCUUGACGUUGGACAUCAGGAGCUACGGAAGACAAUCCACAGCACGCACGAAACGAGGCUGCUCCGCUGACGCUGAUUGACACGCCUGCCGUGCGACGCGUGCUACAGAACUGCAAAGAAGGAGCGCGGAUUCUGUGAAGGGAGCCGCGGUGUUGCAUUCAUGGCAGCUCCGGCGACGCAGUCAUUGAAGUGCGUGGUGACGGGCGACGGUGCAGUCGGAAAGACAUGUCUGCUGAUAUCCUACACUACGAAUGCCUUCCCAGGCGAGUACAUACCCACAGUUUUCGACAACUACUCAGCGAGCGUGAUGGUCGAUAACAAGCCGAUAAGUCUAGGGCUUUGGGAUACUGCAGGUCAAGAGGACUACGACCGACUGAGACCGCUCUCAUACCCACAGACAGACGUAUUUCUGAUCUGCUUCUCCAUCGUCAGCCCCUCAUCAUUUGACAACGUCAAGGCAAAGUGGUACCCUGAAAUCGAGCACCACGCACCUGGGGUCCCAAUCAUCCUUGUAGGCACAAAACUCGACCUAAGAGACGACCCCGAAGUGCGAGAGCAGCUGCGACAAAGGAAGAUGGCGCCGAUUCAGUACGAGCAGGCUGUGCAGGUCGCCAAGGACAUCAAGGCAGUGAAAUACUUAGAAUGCUCCGCAUUGACGCAGAGGAAUUUGAAGAGUGUAUUUGAUGAGGCAAUUAAAGCCGUCAUCAGCCCAAAACCACCAGCAAAGAUCAAGAGGUCGAAGUGCAGGAUCUUAUGAGCACCACCCGCGAAUAGCAGCAUUCUGCAGAUCGACAAGCUAUACACACACCUCCCCGAUAAGCACUUCGACAGUCUCCCGCCUCCUUCUGAACUAUCCUUGACACGAAACGCACGAAAUCGAAGCCCACAACAAUCACGACCAACGAGCAGCGAAGCACAGCUGAUAGCAGUAAAGGUACUCCAUAGAGCAUGGCAUGAUCGCGAGAUUCUUCUCGAUCCUUGUGCCACCACCACAAUACGGCGUUUUCUAUAAUGGGCAGGCGUUCAAUUGUUCAUGCAGGUUCUCUAGGCUCUUGUCUACCGUCUCUCUUUUCAGCAGGCUGAGCAGCAUUGUUUUGAUACCACUUGGAGCUUCGCUGGAGUUCUGCAGAGGGGUAUAAAUCUUUAAGAUGCGAGAUCAUGCUCUGGAGAUCUCUUGUUACGAGUCUGGGAGCCUGCAAUGAGGAACGCUGACCGUCUUGCUAGGGUUGUCUACAAAUGGUUGUUUGUAGAUAUGCGAAUUUUGUUCCUGAUCUAGUCGUG